GACACCGCGAGCGUCGUUACUGCCCUCUGUCUCAGGCUACAAUACUUCUUUGCCUUUUUCCCUCCGCCGUGUCGCUCCGAUUUCUCCUCACCAGCGCCGCUUAUCAACGCCGGCCUAUGAAUUGGUUUCCUUGUCCUCUCCAUUAAAAAAAGUUAUUGAAGCAGCAUUCUGUGCGAGUUAAAGUUCAUAUUUGUUGAGGCAUGGAACCUAUAAGCCUUUGCUCUUUUGUCUGUUAAGAUGGCAGAUUCAAGUGAGCUCCAGCUUCCCGGAAAAGAACCUCAACAAUCUGAACAAGUCUGCAAUUUCUUUAGGAAGCCAACAAAAGUAAAAAACAUAAGGAAAAGGACAAUAAACGAGGAUGAAGAUGAAGACUCCAGAAAUUGCUCAUCUCUGUUGCAAAAUCAGAUAAAGACCUCAAAGGCUGACAAUAAGUUAUACUUCUCAACUAGAUCCUCCAAGACUACUGCUGCUGAAUCAAAUACAGAACCUGACAAACCAAUUUUUCAAUUCGAAUCUUCGAAGGAAAUACAAAUUCAAAAUGAUAGCAGAGCCACGGCAAUAUUAGAAACCGAGACGGAGUUCACAAAAGAUGCACGAGCUAUACGUGAGAAAGUUCUUAAAAGAGCAGAGGAGGCUUUGAAGGGGGAAAACACAAGCUCCGGGGGAGAAAAAUUGUACACUGGAAUGCAUGGCUAUGUGGAUCAUAAAGCCGGGUUUCGAAGAGAACAAACUGUUGCCAGUGAGAAAGCUGGUGGCUCACACGGACCUCUUAGGGCUUCUGCCCACAUUAGGGUUUCAGCAAGGUUUGAUUAUCAACCUGACAUCUGUAAAGACUACAAAGAAACCGGUUAUUGCGGUUACGGAGAUUCAUGUAAAUUCAUGCAUGACCGUGGAGAUUAUAAGUCCGGAUGGCAGUUAGAGAAGGUUUGGGAAGAAGCAGAGAAAGCAAGGAAAAGAAAUCUUGCAAUGGGUGGAGAUGAUGAUGAUGAGGCAGGGGUAGCUCAGAGUGACGACGAUGAUGAAGAUUCGUUGCCCUUUGCUUGUUUUAUUUGCCGGCAGCCAUUUGUUGAUCCUGUUGUUACUAAAUGCAAGCACUACUUCUGCGAGCACUGUGCUUUAAAGCAUCAUGCGAAAAAUAAGAAGUGCUUUGUAUGCAACCAACCCACCCUCGGCAUUUUCAAUACUGCUCAUGAGAUACGUCGAAGGAUGGCGGAAGAGGGUAAACAAAAAGUCCAUUGAUGCUUGGCUUCAAAUCUCGCUCUCUUGAAUAUUUUUGCUUGUUUUUUAGUGUUGUAGUUGACUAUGUUAUUUGGACGUAUUGGACUGAGGGUUUUUUUGUAGAUGAAGGUUUUCAUGUAUUUGACUGGUACUUAUAAGGAUCAAAUUUUCAUAUUAAUCUGUCCAAUAUGGGCCAGAAGCAAUUAAUUGGAGCAUCA